AUGUCCAAACACCACCCCGAUCUGCUCAUGUGCCGCCGACAGCCCGGCAUUGCUAUAGGACGAAUGUGCGAAAAGUGCGACGGAAAAUGUCCCAUCUGCGAUUCUUAUGUGCGACCUAUGACUCUGGUUAGGAUCUGUGAUGAAUGCUCCUUCGGCACCACCGCGGGCAAGUGUAUUGUUUGCUCAUCACCUGGUACGCCUUGA